AUGUCGACUCCCUUCUUCAAGCUUGUCUUCCUCGCCACUGUAGUCACUGGCUACUGGCUACCAGAGACUGUAGGCAAAGACCAAUUCAAGACCUGUAUCGUUCCUAAGUCCAACGGCGAUGACUCUCCAACCAUCAUAUCCACUGUUAAAUCUUGCGGCGUCAACUCCCGCAUCGUUUUUAGCACUGGCACAGAAUACAACUUGCUCACACCAUUGACGUUCUCAGGUUUGACAAACGUCGAGUUCUCAAUUCAAGGCAACCUUACACUAUCAGACAGCCCCAGUGCCGUCUCCGCGGUGGUCCAAAAUCGCACAAUUUAUCCGGGCCACUGGAUUACCGUCAGCAACAGCAAAGGCGUCACCUUCACGGCUACUGAUGCCCAAGACGGUGGUUGGAUCAAUGCCCACGGCGACAAAUGGUGGCCCAACGCCGGUGACAGCAGCGACAAUGGACGCCCUCACCUCUUCUCAUUUGGUGUCACAGGCCUUCGACUUCGUGGCCUGAAAGUCCUCAAUCCUGUAGCCUGGUGCUUUUCAAUGGGAGGACAGGACGUCUACAUGACUGACACUCUGCUCGAUGCGCGGUCCAUGAAUGGUUUCCCUUUCAACACAGAUGGCAUUGACGUGAGCGCUUCGAACGUCGUUAUUGACGGGUGGACAAGCCACAACGGUGACGAUAUUAUCAAUGUUUCUCCACCCGCGGUCAACGUGACGAUGCGCAAUAUUGUUGCGUAUGGAACACAUGGUAUCUCUGUUUCAUGCUCUGCUGGAAAUGGUAGCGGGUACUUGUUUGAAAACGCAGAGAUCCACGACUCACUACUGGGAGCUCGCUUCAAGGGCUCCGUUGGUACAACAUGCCAGAUUUCCGACGUAACCUGGCGGAACAUGACCAUUACAAACACGGCCUAUCCAAUCCACUUCAUCGAGGACUACGUUGAUCAGGAGAAGGGGGCUGCAGGAAAAGACGCUUCUCUGGCAGCAUUCGCAAAGAAUUUCCGUUGGGAAAACAUCAACGCACACACUGCAACGAGUCUUAAGGACGGCAGUUGUGUUUCUACUCCGUGCUGGAGCAAGACUCUUGGUAAGCUCAGACUUGAUGGCCAGCUUCCCAGUUGA